GUGAACAAAGAUAAAUUUUUCUCAUCUAUGGAAUUCAUUGCCAUGAGAUGUGGUGAUGGCCACCAGCUUGGAUGUCUUUAAAAGGGGCUUAGACAAAUGCAUGGAGGACAGGUCUAUCAAUAGCUACUAGUCUGGUAGCUAUGGGCCACAUACAGCCUCAGAGGCACAAUGCCGCUCAAUCCCAGUUGCAGGCUGAUCAGUGAUCGGUGGCUCCGUUUCCAUCCCAGGCUCUGACCAAUUUUCUCUCUUCAUUCUAGCAGAUGACAGUAGAGAGAGGAAUACAGAGGGAAUUUGCAACGGAGGAUUGUUGGGUGGUGCCAACUGGAAAGAGAGGGGAAAACAGAGAAUGAAAACUGAAGCAAAACAGAAGUACAGAAAUGGAUCUCAUAAUGGCAAAGUCUAUAACAUCAGAAUCCAAAAAAGAAUGGAGAAAGAAACAGAAAGGAGAAUGUGCCCUCUGAGAAGGAAAAUCUUCUGUUCUGAACCAAGCUUACCACCUCAGUGGGAAAAGCACACAGGAGAGAAACCAUAUACAUGCUUAGAGUGUGGAAAGAGCUUCAGUCAGAGCGUACAUCUUACUAGGCAUCAAAGAACCCAUACUGGGGAGAAACCAUAUAAAUGCUUGGAGUGUGGAAAGAGCUUCAGUGACAGCAGAAAUCUUACUAGCCAUCAAAGAACCCAUACUGGAGAGAAACCAUAUAAAUGCUUAGAGUGUGGAAAGAGUUUCAGUCAGAGCGGACAUCUUACUGUGCAUCAAAGAGCUCACACUGGAGAGAAACCAUAUAAAUGCUUGGAGUGUGGAAAGAGCUUCAGUCGGAGUGGACAUCUUACUAGCCAUCUAAGAGCCCAUGCUGGGGAGAAACCAUAUACAUGCUUAGAGUGUGGAAAGAGCUUCAGUCAGAGCGUACAUCUUACUAGGCAUCAAAGAACCCAUACUGGGGAGAAACCAUAUAAAUGCUUGGAGUGUGGAAAGAGCUUCAGUGACAGCAGAAAUCUUACUAGCCAUCAAAGAACCCAUACUGGAGAGAAACCAUAUAAAUGCUUAGAGUGUGGAAAGAGCUUCAGUGACAGUGCAACUCAUACUAGGCAUCAAAGAGUCCAUACGGGAGAAAAACCAUAUAAAUGUUUGGAGUGUGGAAAGAGCUUCAGUCAGAGCGGAACCCUUACUAGCCAUCAAAGAGCCCAUACUGGGGAGAAACCAUAUAAAUGCUUAGAGUGUGGAAGGAGCUUCAGUGACAGUGCAACUCGUACUAGGCAUCAAAGAGUCCACACGGUAGAAAAACCAUAUAAAUGUUUGGAGUGUGGAAAGAGCUUCAGUCAGAGCGGAACCCUUACUAGCCAUCAAAGAUCCCAUACUGGGGAGAAACCAUAUAAAUGCUUAGAGUGUGGAAGGAGCUUCAGUCAGAGCACAUACCUUACCAUUCAUAAAAGAGCCCACACUGGAGAGAAACCAUAUCAAUGCUUGGAGUGUGGAAAGAGCUUCAGUCGGAGCGGAAACCUUAUCAGACAUAAAGGAUCCCAUACUGGGGAGAAACCAUAUAAAUGCUGAGCACCAGCCACUUCUGGUAUUAUGCUGGCCAGGGCAGCAAGGAUGUACACAGCUGCCCCAUGCCAGCGAUUUUAAAGAUAGCGCUGGCUGGGGAAACGCGAUGGGGUGGUAAGAGUGCUCUCCCCGAUCUUUAAAGCUAUCCCCCCCAAACAGACACUCCUUCAAAUUGGCUUGAACAUCAGUCUUUCAAACCAGUUCGGCGGUCCAGGAAUGAACCACCGAACCGGUUCAUGCACAUCCCUAUUAAGAAGUGGACUGAACGAACUGUGGAAAUUAUAAUCUCCAAGUUGUGUGAUCAAAGCAGAAUAAUUGGAUCCUAAUAUCUAUGGAAAUGUGAAACCGAAGGGACCCAUGAUAAUCUUAGGCGCAUUCACUGGUGGCGCAGUGGUAAAACUGCCGCCCUGUAACCAGAAGGUUACAAGUUCAAUCCUGACCAGGGGCUCAAGGUUGACUCAGCCUUCCAUCCUUCCGAGGUCGGUAAAAUGAGUACCCAGAAUGUUGGGAGGCAAUAUGCUAAAUCAUUGUAAACCGCUUAGAUAGCUCCGGCUAUAGAGCGGUAUACAGUGGUCCCUCGACUUACAAACUACUCGACAUAAGUAUUUUUCGAGUUACAAACAGCAGUUUUAGAUCUGGUUUUAGAUGGGGUUUCCUCGACUUAUGAAUUUUACAUGCGGUUUCCUUGACUUGCCUGCCUGUUUACUGCCUGUUUAUUCUUGAAAAGAAAUGUUCCUGUGCAGUUUGCAAGCCUUACUGGGGGUCUGGGUCUUUUUUCUAGGCUCUGGAACGCAUUAAUCCGUUCCCAAUGCAUUCCUAUGGGAAACCGCUUUUCGACUUACGAAUUUUUCGACUUACAAAUGUGCAUUCGGAACGGAUUAAUUUCGUAAGUAGAGGGACCACUGUAUAAAUGUAAGUGCUAUUGCUAUUGCUAUUCCUCCUUUGCCUCAUUCCUCUCUCUUUCCUCUCUCCUGGAGCUCUUCCCCAAGAUGCUUUUCCUCUUAGGAACUCUUUUCCUUUCCUUUCCUUCUCUACACAGAUAAUUGGAAGGGAUAGAUGCUCUGCUGCGUGGGGCCCUGGCAGUUUGUCUCUGCUCCUCCCCCCUCCAGGUGAUUAGCUGAUAAGAGCUCCUCUUGCCAGGGGUGCCCGCCUCUUGCCACCAGCCUAUGGGCGAGAGCAGAAGGGCUCUCGUCCUUGUGGUUCUCCACCUUGGGGUGCGCAGACUGAGGCCCAACCGUCAGGAAGAUCAUUUGGACUGUCCCUUCAUGUUUGACAACAUGGGUUAAGGCAGAGCACUCAGACACAGUUAGCAGGAGCCGCUUGGUAUGCAGGCAGCAGCAGCAGCUACCACCUGGUAUAACAAGAAGAGGACUUUGGAAGGACUUUUGGAGGAAGUGGAAGGAAUUGGAAGGACUUUACGACCAUCCACCCAGAGUAGCUUGUUCCUCGGGGUUGGCUAUUUUAUGUGGUUAGGAUUGCCGUUAGUGGCCUGUUGGAGGUUUCUGUGUCUUUCCCCUCCUGAGUUGUCUGUGGAGGCGUCUAUGAUCGCUUCAAGGUGGGGAGACGGCAGAGUGAGGAUUGGUAAGAGUGGGGCUCUCGCUCUACGUUUGCCUCAUCUAGGAAGCCUUAUUUAAAUUACCACACACACACACACACCCGCCUUCAGCUCAGAGGCUGGUACUUGGGUGGGCCGUCAGAGUGCUCUGCUAAGCCCAGGAUUGGUGAGAGCAUUCCUGGAGGAGAGCUGGCUGCAUGGCUGUGGGUUGUUCUUGCUUGAUCAAGGGAGUUUGGGCUGGGUGCUGAGGACACAUAGGAGCUGGGGUAGUUGGGUGAGGAAUGGGUCUUGGAGAGCGGAAGAUUGGGGAGGAUCAGGGAUGGUGAUUUCUCAGGUAGCAGGCAGAGGGAGAUAUGGUAGUGGGAGUUGGGCAGGCCAUUACAGGGGGAAGUGGUCCAGCCAGCUGAGGUCUGUUCCUUUCUCCCAACGCAUCUCCCAGUCCUGCAGCCCCAGUGAGCUCUGGAGUUAGGGGGCUAUUGCUGAAUGCCAGGUCAAUAAAUGGUAAAACAUCUCUCGUGGAUGAACAUGCUGACCUGGUAUGUAUGAUGGAGACCUGGUUGGAUAUGGCCAGGUUGGAUGAGCUGCGUGGGGUUGGUCUCUCUCAGUUUUGUCCUGCAGCCUUCCUCACCUUGUGAGUUGGGGAGGGAGUGUGGUGGUCCUCUUCAGUCUCCCUACCUGACCUGCACUUCAGUCUCCCUACCUGACCUCCUAAACGCCUU